AUGAACCAACAGAGAGAAAUAAGCCACUCCGAAAAGCAUACCGUCGAACCAACCCAGACCCUUUCAGCCGCUUUACCCCAUUACCAUUAUCCCGCCCUGAAGAGCCUUGGCACAGUCCGGGUCCUCUCGUUAGAACCCGGCCAGCCUGAAAGUCCACUACGGGGAACUCUGGAGGAAGCUCACGCCAGCUCUCUCAAAGACUACGAAGCACUAUCAUACGUCUGGGCAGAUCCAGGUCCAUCUGAUCGACCACAUGAGAUCAUCAUCCGUGAAAAUAAUCAAGACGCUCUGCUGCCACUAAGAGGAGGUUCCAUCUUUGCAGCGUUGCUCCAGAUUCGACUUCCGGAUCAGCAGAGGCGAGUUUGGGCUGAUCAGUGCUGCAUCAACCAAGAUGAUCUUGAUGAGAGAAGUCAUCAAGUCCAUUCUAUGGGUAAGAUUUAUGAAAACGCGACCAGGAUCUUGGUAUGGCUUGGCUUAGACACCAACAACGAAGCAGAGUCGGCUUUCAAUUUGAUUCAUAAGCUUGACGAGGCUCUCAGCGCUGAUGACUCACAACCCCAUCACUUCAUAUCAAAGAAUCUAGAGAGACAAAUACGGCAGCACGAUAAGGUACUACAAGCUUUGACAAGCCGCCCAUGGUUCAAGAGAGGUUGGGUUGUACAAGAGAUUGGAACAGAAACUCCCGCAACGAUGAUCUGGGGAAAUCAUAGCAUCGACUGGACUACUCUGGCCAGAACUUACAUCAGCAUCGCCACAAGGAUAUUGCGAGAUCGCCCAGAGGCGGCGUGCAUUACUCUUGCGGCAGUGCAGCAUCCUCAGAGCAGUCUACUUUCUCAUCGCGAGGAUGUCAAGCUUCGGAACAAUAUGAAGCUGCCUUCGUGGGUACCCGACUGGAGAUGGUCUGAGGGAAUCAUUCUAGCUGAGCCCAUAUGCCCCCACCGAGCUCAUGGUAACUCUACCGUCAAGAUGAACAUCCUCGAGAAUGACAGGAUACUACAGAUAUACGGUAUCCGUAUUGAUACCAUUGAUGAAUGUUCCAGGCCAAUGCUCUCAAGCGACUUUUACGGAAAAGCCGAUCUAGUAGAACACUUCUGGCAGGAAAUAUGUCGGAGCACAAGCUUCAAUCUUGUUGAUAAAUACUUGAAUGGAGACUCUGCUUUCUUUGCGCUGAUGCAAACACUCAGUAACGGGUGUGUUCAAGCAACGGGCCACGAAUGUAAACAAUAUGAUUCUGUUCCUGAACAGGUAUGGUUACAAAUGGCAGCAAAGUUCAUAGUGGAAGCGCUCGAUAGCUCUGCAGUAUCGGAAGACAUCUUGGAACAAGCAGAAAACAUACAGAACGAAAAGGAACAUGAUAAAUGGAGUCGAUGGGCAACUUCUGCAUCAGACGGACGAGUAUUUGCGCGGAGCAAGAAGGGAUAUUAUGUGUUAGGGCCAUCUGCGUUACAAGCCGGUGACAUAAUUUGCGUUUUAUUUGGUUGCAAGGUCCCAUUCUGUCUGCGCCGCGUUGAGGAAAGGUAUUUACUGGUGGGUGAGUGCUACGUUCAUGGAUUGAUGAAGGGAGAGGCCAUGCGUAUGCCGGCCGAGGGCGAAGUCGAAGAGCAGGUUUUCAGUCUCGUGUAG